GGCCUUCGGUGGUGCUGAGUCCAAGCAGUGAGCAGCCUGCGCCAUGGAUCCUGACGUUUCAUCGCCUACCCGGCUGGUGCGGCUUCUCAAGGAAAGACAUAGGGGUUUCCAGACGUACAUGCAGCGGCUGAUAGCGAAGUAUAACCAGCCCUUUGAGGACGACCCGCUGGUGCAGAUGGCCACGCUGACCUACGAGACACCCCAGGGAUUGAGAGUUUGGGGAGGAAAGCUGAUAAAGGAAAGAAACAAGGGACAAACUCAGGACCCUUCUGUGAAGAUGAUUACCAGACUAAAUAGGCAAGCUCCGGAGGACAGUGAGUGUUUUCAGCUCUGGACAGACGUCCUGGAAGCUGAAAGCAGCAGUGCAGAUACAAGAUCAGACCAAGAGGAACAGCUAUCUUGCACCUCGAUGCUUUCAGGGCCUGGAAGCCCUCUGAAAAAUGACUUAAGAAGGAAGUACUUGGCCAAGAUGCAUACCCUGCUUCGAGAUGAGGAGUAUUUUAAGAACACCGAGAAGAGAGACGGAAAAGACACACUCAUGCCUUGGGUUCCUUCCUCACCUGUCACACCAGAACCUAGAUGCCUGGAUAGUAUCUCUCCAGAGAGCUUUAGUAGCCCUAAAGAGUCGACUUCAGCUGAUAUGACCAUUAUACCUAGAAAUGACAGCUUCUCCUCACUAGAGACCAGCAGCCACAGUCUAAGCAGCCAGUCCCCUGAGGCUGCUGACAUUUGCAAUGUGACGGUCAGUGAUAUGUAUGAAGGCAUGAUCCAUUCGAUGAGUCAGCUGCUGAGCCUACAGCCCUCGUGCGUAAUCUCCACCAAGACCUACAUCAACCAGAACUGGAACCUCAGGAGGAGGCUCUCACAUAAGAGUGGGCUACACUUGAAUAGGACAUACUGCUACAGGAGCAAGCCCUCCCGAAGGAGCUCCAAGCCAGGGAAAGAGGCCAUGAUACUGAGAAACUGCACCAACUUACCGCACAUUGUUCCCCUCAAGACAGACUUAAAACUGGAAAGGGGAGCUCUCAAAGGAAGCAAACUCCAAGUCCAUACAUGCAGUCCAGCUUGGAAGGCGCUUCACGGGACUCAGAAGUGUUUGGACUUAAACAUACCGAACUGUCUUGAUCAAGAAAAUGGAGCAAAGGUAUUCCCGUUGCUAAUUUCACCUGGUAAAAUAGUUCCCAGACCAAGGAUGCUACCUGGGGAAAUUGAAAUGAAAUUUGACGAACUUGCUCAGGAGUAUAGCCUGUCUCCUGGGAAACAGCUUUGCCAGACUGGCCCCACUGAGUCCUGGGCUGUCGAUGUGUACAGAGGUGCUUCUGGACGCCUGGGCAGCCCCCAGGACAUAAAAACCCACAGGUUGAGUUCACUUUUCAACAGAGAAAAGGCAAAGAGGUCAAGUGAGGCUUUUGAAGACCUGAGCAAAAUAUCUGUCAAAGCCAACAGAUGCCUCCCGAGGCGCCAUCCUGCUCUGUUAGCAUCAGAGGACAGCACCUCACAAAACCCCGGCCUUUCUCUUCAAGGACCUGAUUCUGGGCCAAUCAGAAGAAAGACAGCAUCACCCAGGAUGGCUGUUUCAGCACCAUGGAGAAGGUCUUGGCCCAGUGGGGAGGACCGCUAUGAAGAGAUUAAAAAAGAAUUUGAUAAGCUUUAUCAGAAGUAUUGCCUGAUGUCACCUCAGCGGGUGAAGGUGACCUCAUAUGUUAGAGUAUCUCCAAAAAAAGCUGGUGCAGCUGUUCCUUGUCAGACAGCUGACUUAAGAAAAUUAAAUCCAGACUCUGGAUUCCGGCGUUCCCCAAAAUUGGCAACACCUGACAGGAACAGAAGCCUGCAGGGCUCAGUUCCAGCUGAGGCACACAUGUCUGUGCGGACUGCUCGUACCUCUGAGAGAGACUCUCCAGUUCCAGCAAAGAGGUGCAAGUUGUCAUACUCCCCUCAGGAUUCUUCGGGAGCAGAAGACCAAACAAUGCCCUGGCCAUAGAAGCAGACUAGCCCCGUGUGGCCGGGCUGCUGAGGAGGUGUUUCUGUCUGUUGAGCAUGAUGGCUAUGUGGAGUGAGUAGCUGUGGAGAGACAAGGCACUA